GGUUCCGAGAAGUGCGCACGCGCACUGACCUCGGCGGGCCCUAGCAACCAGAGCAGUGACAGUAGCAACGGCCGGAAUGGCAAAAGCAACAACAAUCAAAGAAGCUCUAGCCAGAUGGGAAGAGAAAACCAGUCAGAAGCCAUCUGAAGCCAAAGAGAUAAAGCUUUAUGCUCAGAUUCCCCCUAUAGAGAAGAUGGAUGCAUCUCUGUCCACACUUGCUAAUUGCGAGAAGCUUUCACUGUCUACAAACUGCAUUGAAAAAAUUGCCAACCUCAAUGGCUUAAAAAACUUGAGAAUAUUGUCUUUAGGAAGAAACAACAUAAAGAACUUAAAUGGACUGGAAGCAGUAGGGGACACAUUAGAAGAACUGUGGAUCUCCUACAAUUUUAUUGAGAAGUUGAAAGGGAUCCAUGUAAUGAAGAAAUUAAAGAUUCUCUACAUGUCUAAUAACCUGGUGAAAGACUGGGCUGAAUUUGUGAAGCUGGCCGAACUGCCGUGCCUGGAAGACCUGGUGUUUGUAGGCAAUCCCUUGGAAGAGAAACAUUCUGCGGAGGGGAACUGGAUUGAAGAAGCAACCAAGAGAGUUCCCAAACUGAAAAAGCUGGAUGGUACCCCAGUAAUUAAAGAGGACGAGGAAGAAGAUAACUAACACCAUGUUUUCCGCUUCAUGUUAACUUAUUUAAACGUCAUAAGAACAAUAGAUAAGUUUUGUAUAAUUGUCUAUUUUAAAGAUUCUGUGUGGGGCAAAAGAUUAUUAAGAUAAAACAAAUCUCUCAUUCCUAUCUUUUUUUAAACCUAUUGAGUGUUUCUCCCCCCAAAUAGUAACAGUAACACCAACUUCAUAUAGUCUAGUACUUUUUUUAGAAAUUCAGAUUUUCAAUUUUUGUCUUUAGUCCCAAUUGUGUACUUCGUGGCCCCAUCUACUGAAACUUUUUAUAGACUAGUCAUUUUUAACAAAAAAGAAUAACAAAUACGGUUCUUUAUUCAA